GAUGGCGACCCACAGUUUCUAUUGUCAUCGUGAAGACCCUGCAAAGCGUCUCUUCACAGUCUCUUAAGGCUAUGAUACAAAUGCCGGUUUUUAACACAUAUGCCUGUGAUUUGCUUGUAUGUUGGCGCUUCAUGGAGGCUCGGAUGCAUCACAAAGGAGGAGAAGGUGUGCAACACAAGCAGCUGCAGCGGUGCAGACAUGAGUGUGACCUCCUGGUUCCUGGUGAGCAGUGGGGGCACUCGUCACCGACUUCCCCGGGAGAUGAUCUUUGUUGGGCGGGAUGAUUGCGAGCUCAUGCUACAGUCGCGCAGCGUGGAUAAGCAGCACGCCGUCAUCAAUUAUGAGCCGGGCUCAGAUGAACACAAAGUCAAGGACCUGGGCAGUCUGAAUGGGACGUUUGUAAACGACGUUCGUAUUCAAGAGCAGAUGUACAUCACCCUCAAGCUAGAGGACAAGCUGAGGUUUGGAUAUGAUACCAACUGGUUCACGGUGGAGAGGGGCGAGCUCACUGUGCCCGAGGAGGCUCUCAAGCAUGAAAAGUUCACCAGCGGCCUCCAGCUGAGCAAGAAACCAUCCAAAGGUGAAACUACGAGCACGACGACCAUGAGCAAGUCUCCAAUUAAGACCCCAUCAAAGACGCAGAAGUCUUCGCCCAGUGGGGGCGCCCCCAGGUCCGGCCAGACAACAGCAGAUGGGAUCUCUCCCUCUAAGGAGCACACGCUCAAAUCUGGAGACAUUCACAAAGCAGAGGAGAAGAUUGGAGGGGAUGUUGCAUCUCUGCCCCGUGGGACCCCCCUGUACGGGCAGCCGGCUUGGUGGGGGUACGGGGAUGCAGACGACGAGAACUCCUUCAAACAGGACACCAAGAUAUCCGGCAAGAAGCAUGACCUCACUGCAGAGGGCAAAGAGACUCGUCGGGGAGGGUCAACCAAAGAGGACGGCCACAAUCCAAGCUACAUGGAGGUGCCUACCAAGGAGAAUCAUGUGGCCACUAAUGGCAUCCAUGAGAUUCCCACCAAGGACACAGAGGGUGCCGGCUCUCAAGGCAACACAGCUCAAGGACACGCCUCCUUCACAAUAGAGUUCGACAAUACUUCCCCGGGCAAAGUCACCAUCAAGGACCAUGUGUCAAAGUUCAUGCCCGGCCAGCACAGGUCACGGGCCAAGAGAAGCGUAGCGGGAAGCGGCGGGUCGGGCGGACGGGACCUGAGCACACUCCAGGCAGCCAUGAUGGCUUCGGAGAGCAAAGUGGCCGAUUGGCUGGCACAGAACGACCCCACCCUGAUCCGCAACGAGUCGACGGAGGACGACAGCAAGAGCAACAAGAGUGAUGUGCCGGUGCAUCUCAAAAGGCUGAAAGGUAGCAAACAUGAAGAUGGUACGCAAAGUGACUCAGAGAACGGCCUAGGCCUGCGCUUCGCCAGCCGCCGCCACGCCCUCGAGGAACGCCUAAAAGCUGCACACGGCCAUGUGGGAGGUGGUGGUGGAGGAGGAUCCGGGGAGAACGUGACGGUGACCCGAGCCAGCAGCACCCGCACGGCCUUCAUGAUCGAGCUCUACGACGAGGAAAACCCACGCAAGCGUCGGUCGUAUUCGUUUUCCCAGACAGCGCCUCUGCUCGCCGGUGCUGGCGGCGAGGGGCUGUGUCCACAACCCCCCUCUCAGCCUAAAGUGUUCAGCAUUUCCACCUCAGCUACAACGGCCUUAGACUCAGGUAAAGCCCCGGUCCCGAUAUCUGCCACAGUGGCAGCAGGCGCCCCGACGGCGGCCCGCGUUCUCCUCAAACAGCGAUCUGAGGACCCCAGCAUCGGCCGCAGCUCCAUCAGCACCGGGCUGGCAACCGGGAGCCCCAGCACCCCCAGCGAGGACGCCUCCAUUGUGGGGCGAGGAGCCGGGGCAGCCGGGAGGGAGGCGGCGGCGGCGGAGGAUGAACACAGCGACAACGGAACCUACACUAUCGAGCUGGAGAACAGGAACCUGGAGGAGGAGGAAGCCCGCCGCAUGAUUGACAAGGUGUUUGGGCUGCAGCAGAACCAGGACUCCUGCAUGUCAGACCUCCAAGGGGAGGGGAAAGGAAAGGAAACUGCAGAGACAGGAAAGGAGGCUCCUCCCACCGACUCAAGCUGGGUCUCCCAGUGGGCGAGUUUGACUGCCAAUCACACCAGGACUGACCCAGAAGGUUCUGGGGCCGAGACAGCUGCCUUUGUGGACAAAGAAAGCGAAGGAGAUGCCUUGGUGUCCAGCAAAGGGGAAUCCUCAUCAAAUCUGACUGACCGCAAGCGACGGACCCUUCCCCCACUUCCUGUGGAUGACCCCCGCACCAAAUCCAGCACAGUCAAACCUCCGCCGCUGAGGUCUGAGAUUGGAGAAAAGCAGGACACGGAACCACAAGAGAAAGAGCACAAGGGAGACGGGGAAUCCCCACCCCCUCCCAUGGAGAACGGUGACAUGACCAACAAACGCAAAGCGAGCGCCACCGCCUCUCCCUGCAAGGCUCUUCAGCGGAACUCUGGCAGCGGUGAGCGCAGGAAGAGGUCAGAGAAAAGAAAGGAGGAACAAGGGGAAGGAGAAGGAGGAGAGAAGUCCCUGAAGCCUCUUGUGCGCCAAGGCAGCUUCACCAUCGAGAAGCCCAGCGGAAGUGUCCCCUCGGAGCUCAUCCCGCGCAUCAACAGGGGUGGCGCCGCCGCUCGUGAGCGCAGCGACUCCGUGGGCAGCAUGGACACCGCCACGCUCCUGAAGGACACCGAAGCUGUAAUGGCGUUCCUGGAGGCCAAGCUAAGAGACGAAAACAAGCUGGAGCAGAAAGCUUCUAAAACCAGCAGCAUCAGCAGUCAGAUUUCAGGAUACAGCUUCCCGCCUCGGACCGACUCCAUUUCCCCGGAGUCAGACGUGGACACGGCCAGCACGGCUAGUCACGUUGCCGUAGACGCUGAUGGGAAGGCCGGCAGCAUGCAGAAACGACGUUCCUUAAGUAGCAUGCAUCGGGAGAAGAGCAACAUGAACACAAACUCCAAAUCCAGCGUCCCUGCCACUGCACGGGAUCGUUUAGAGAGGAAGACCAAAAGCAGAACCACAGAAGCAACAAGUCGGACUGAAAUGCGUCGCACCGUUCAGCCAUCUUCUUCCAGAGUACGCCAGCCUUCCCUGGAUCUCACAGACGACGACCAAACAUCCUCUUUCCCUAUUUCUGACAUCCUGUCAUCAGACCAGGAGACGUACUCGAGUUCAGCACAUGGAUAUGAUAGCAGAGCUGCUAAGACCGCCGUAAGUGGGUCCUCCAAAUCCGGCCGUACUCUUCAGGCUGCAACAAUGUCCUCACAGAGCAAGCAGGCUUUACUGCCGAAGCCGCGGCCCACUAGAGCCUCCCUCCUGCGUAGAGCCCGCCUCGGCGAUACCUCUGAUACAGAUCUCGCCGAUGCGGACCGAGUAUCCGUGGCAUCCGAGGUAUCGACCACAAGCUCCACCUCCAAACCUCCAUCUGGCCGAGGGGGUAUGUCUCGACUGGACAUGCUGGCUCAACCGCGUCGGAACCGCUUGGGCUCCAUCUCGGCUCGCAGCGACUCCGAGUGUACUGUAGCACGGAGUUCCGCCGCCUCACCACGCCUCUCAUCCGAGACGGCUUUACGUUUGGGUUUACGGUCAUCCACGCCUACGGAGAACAAGCUGACACCCAGGAUGAGGGCCAACAGUGUAUCCAAACUCAAUGAAACCAGAACCAAGACCACUACGACUGGAUACUGUUCUCCUACAGAGAGCUCUCAUCCAGAGCCUGGCGGCGCUGACACAGAUGAAGAACUUCUUGUGUCCAGCAGCAACAGGUGGAGACGCCUGCCGCCGGAGUACGCCUCCACUUCGGAGGAAGAGUUCAGCUCCAACCGCAACCCUCCAAAACACGUAGGACGCCCGCACACGCGGCCGCAUCACCUCGUCCCAAACCGCGGAUCAAAACCCGUCACCACCACCAACACCACCACUGCAAGCCAGGCACCCGGCGCGGUGCCAGGGGCGGGCGUGCUCAAACACCGCAUGAAAGAGCAAGACGAGUACAUCCGAGACUGGACGGCACAUAGCGAGGAGAUAGCCAGGUUGUUCCCAUGUGUGCGCAGGAUCAGCCAGGACCUGGCCAAGGAUCUGGCCACUUUGGCCCGCGAGAUCCACGACGUGGCAGGCAAGAUCGACUCGGUCAGCUCGUCCGACACGGCGCCCAGCACCACCGUCAGCACUGCCGCCACCACGCCGGGCUCAGCCAUCGACACACGCGAAGAGGUAGGGCCAGCUCGUCCCACGCAACCGGACUUACAGGAGAGCAUGAGACAGUUGGUGGAUCGGGUAUUUGACGAGAGCCUCAAAUUCCGAAAAGUCCCUCCCGUCAUCUCCACGAUGCCGGAGAUCAAUGGCAAGCCGGCCGACCUCCGCCCUCGACCCUCCGACACCCACGAGCCCCGAGCUUUGAGGAGACGCACCUGGAACCGAGAGGACGCGGUGCUGGACAGCCUCCUGCUGCAUUCAGUCUCUCAGCUGUCCACCAAGAUCAGACACUCCGCUGACAGAACAGCGGGGAAGAUCAAGAUAUUGUUCAAGGAUCAGGAAAGGAACUGGGAGGAUAUCGAAAGCAAACUGAAGUCAGAGAGUGACGUGCCACUUUUGAAAACCUCCAACAAGGAGAUCUCGUCCGUUCUGCUUGAGCUUAGAAGAGUUGAGAAGCAGCUUGAAGUAAUUAAUCUAAUGCUGGACCCGGAUGGCAUGCUAGACAGCCUGGCCGCCCCCAGCACCCCAACCAAGCCCCAGAUUAGCAAACCAACAUCCCCCUCCACCAGCAACCCCGUCCCCCAGCAGCUCCCAACCAAAGAACUGCUCCCAGAGAUACUUCCUGCGUCGGGAGGGUUGGCAGAAUCUGUCAGGGUUCCUACGUCUUGCACGGACGCCACAGCGCGGGACGUCGCAACAGGUCUUGCAUUAACAUCAGUCGGGGGGCUGCCUUUUAGUCGCAUGAGGCCCAGCGGGAAGGAGGCCCUCGCCCAGAAGUGAGACUGAAGGAGGCGUGAAUGAAUGAAUGAACCACUAUUAGCAUUUCAGUUGCAUUUCGACCUCCUUCUCCUCCUGUUUGGACCCUUCCUCCAUGCCUUAAAAACAUCCCAUAAACCCUGCUACUUUACAGACAAAUAGAAUGAAUUAUAUACCUGACUUUAUGACAAUACACAGUAUUUCUUUUUGCACUACGAUAUAAAAAAACACAAUUUCAGCAGCCUUACGUGACCAACUUAGUCCAAAACUGACUUUUUAUGCUUUGUAAGUGAAAGGAGUCCAUUGUCCAUUCACAUGUCAUACACACCUCACAUUCAAGCAAGCAUAUGUAUUCUAUCUUGUCAAGUGACAAUAUUAUAGUAGUCAGUGUGCAGCUUUAACGCAAUAUGGAUUUACUAGUCAACACACAGCCAUUAUUGUUGGAAUAGCUGGCAACACAAGUGAGUACACUUUAACAGUAAAUGUAAAUUCUGUAUUUGUUGUGAAUAUUUAGUGUGCAUCUAGCGCUGCCUUCAUCGGUGGAGCUGCUGGACGUUAGAUACCUUGGUUCCGUCUCGCUUGAUGAUGACAUAAAUGGCCACCCCAUUACCUUGACCCCAGCAAAAGGUAUGUCUUCUUGGACAUGUUCUUGGACUCCUUAGUUUCCCCCAGGAUGCUGAGUCCUGCUCUGCUGCACACAGUACAUGUUGGAAUUCAGUUUUCCCCUCAAUGAACCGUGGCUCCCCAGCAUCGGCAACACUCGUGUAUGCUACCACUACCGUUAUCUUGCUACUCACGUGUGUUGCCAGCUCUUUAUACACUCAUGGCUGUGCGUUGACUUCUUUUUGAUUUAUACUGAAAUACAAGCGGGCGGCACGGCGGUCUAGUGGUUAGCGCGCAGACCUCACGGCUAGGAGACCAGGGUUCAAUUCCACCCUCGGCCAUCUCUGUGUGGAGUUUGCAUGUUCUCCCCGUGCAUGCGUGGGUUUUCUCCGGGUACUCCGGUUUCCUCCCACAUUCC